CCUAAAAUUUACGAAAUAACUAAAUCAUGUUUUUAAUUUUCCUUUUAAUUUGGAAUCAUCAUCAGUUAACUUCUGUGCGAUAUUGGAGAAAGAGUGCAAAGAUGUAUUUUAAUUUUUUCUCUAGUGUAAUUUUAUUGUCUCGAUAUUUAAGUGUGAUAAAUUCACAAUCACAAUGGAAUACAAGAGACUUCAUGAAAAGGGAACAUUCAUUAAUUAAACCGUAUUAUGGUUCAGGAAUAGAUAUACCUUUCUGGCAAUUUACCGGGAGCACGAUAGUAACACCUAAUUACAUUCGUUUAGUGGACGAUUCCCAAAGUAAAAGAGGUGCCAUUUGGAAUACUAUGCCCGUUACAAGUCGUAAUUGGGAUAUUCAGGUUCAAUUUAAAGUGCACGGUAAAGGGAAAGAUUUAUUUGGGGAUGGUUUCGCUAUAUGGUAUGCAAAAGAUAGAUUAAUCGAUGGUCCGGUCUUCGGUAGUAAAGAUCUAUUUGAAGGCUUAGCUAUAAUUUUAGACACGUAUAGUAAUCACAACGGACCACAUAAUCAUCAACAUCCUUAUAUUUCUGCUAUGAUCAACAAUGGUAGUUUAUCUUAUGAUCACGAUAGAGAUGGUACUCAUACUCAAUUAGCUGGAUGUGAGGCAAAAUUUAGAAAUUUCGAUCAUGAUACUUAUAUUUCAAUAAAAUACGAAAAUGAUAUAUUAACAGUAUCUACCGAUUUCGAAAACAAAGCUGCUUGGAAAGAAUGUUUCCAGGUAAAAGGAGUGAGAUUACCAACUGGAUAUUACAUAGGAGUUUCAGCGACUACUGGAGAUUUGUCAGAUAACCAUGAUAUUAUGUCCAUACGACUUUACGAACUUGAUUUGGGAGUCGAGGAUUAUACAGGUGAAGAUAGAUCGAAAAUAAUACCAUCUGCAAGUUAUUUUGAAGCUCCAAGGGAUCACGUCGACGAUCCUCCAUCAUCCAUGUCUGGAACAAAAUUAUUCUUCUUAAUGUUGGGUGCCAGUAUCCUCAUUGUAGUAUGCAUAGUUCUGGGAAUUAUGUUUUAUCAAAAACAACAAGAAAAAAGUAGAAAAAGAUUUUAUUGAAAGGGUUAGUUGAGAUAUGUUUAAAUUUUUCAGAAAUGGACAAAAAUGUAUUAUACUGUCUUUUUAAUAUAAUCAACAAAUGUUUUUUCAAAAUAUCUUAUGUUUAUUCAAUUGAUAAGGUGACGAUUGUGUUGUUCGAUUAAAAGGUCAACGUUUUACAUAAAAAAAAAAUCGAAUUUGAACCCAGUGAUACUUUUUCUAUGUAUUUUUAUUAUAUACAGUACAUAUCGAAAGAUUAUACAUUGUCCCUUAUGUCAUAUUUUUUGAAAAUUUUAACAUAAUUUUUCGGUAAAAAUAUAAAAUUUUUAUUUUUAUUAUUUUUGGCCCUGAUAUAGGAAUAACUCAGGGCAUAACAAAAUCGUUUUAAAUAUAACCUGACAACGUUUUUUAUAUAUUAUUAAUCUUCGACUGAUAUUUAUUGUUAAAAGUUGAUGGUUUGAAGAAAUUAUCAGGUUAUUUUAUUGUUUGUGUUUAAUAGUAAUGAAAACAACAGAUUUAUUCUGAUUGGUUUUAGAGCUGUUUCGUGACCCUAACAGGAGCUAUACAUUGAAAAGUCUUUUUUAACCAUUUCUAAGAUAAGUUGUCAAUUCCUUUCCAUUCUUGUAUUUUAUUCUACGAGGGGAUGAAGUAAUGUAUUGAAGUGGUUUCCAUACUGUAGUGUAGGAUUUUUUACUUAUCAUUGACUUAUGUUACGUUUGAUUUGUUGGUAAAUCCCCAUAACUUAAUACCAUAAUUUUGAAUGGGUUUAAUGAUGGUUUUGUAUAUAGUAGAAGCUUGUUUUACAGGAGUCUUUUCGUGUUUUAGGGUUCUUCAAGGAGCUGAACUGUGUUUCGAGGGUUCUCGAGUCUAUUGUGGUAUUUUAUACUUUAAAGGAGGAUUUUUUCUUGUGUAUUACAAGGGUAGUUUGGAUUAACUGUUGAGUAGUGAUAUAGUUUUCAAACUCGUAAAUUUUUUAAGUAUCUAGACAAGGUAUUUUAUGUCUUAGGGAAAUUAUUUUUUCUAAAAACAAACUGUCAUUUGUCGUUAAAAAUUGUUUUUUUUUUUUCGAAAAUACACCGACAUUAGUCAAUAGAGUUUGUUUUUUUAAUAAACCGUCAUUUGUCGUUAGACAUUGCCUUUCAUAAAAGAUUGUUUCAAAAAUAAAGUAUUAUUUGUCCUUGGAGACUGUCUUUGUCAAAAAUAAACUGUCAGGUGUCCUUAGGACGAACAUAAUUAAAUUUGACCUUAAACAUUUGUUUUUUCAUAAACAAAGCCUCAUUUGUCUCUAGAGACUGUCCUUAAAGGCUGUCUGUUUCAAAAACAAAGUGUUAUUUAUCCUUAGAGACUAUAUUUUUCAUAAAUACAGCCUCUUGUUCUUAGAGACUGUUUUUUUCAUAAACAAAGCCCCAUUUUUCCUUAAAGGCUACCUUGAUAAAAAAUCGUCAAAAAAUUAAUCAUAAUUUGUCUUUGACUGUUUUUUUUUCACAAAAAUAGCUUCAGUCCUCAGAGACUUGUUUUUUCGAAAAUAAAGGGUCGUUUGUCCUUUAAGACUGCCUUUUUAAAAAACAAAGACUCAUUUGUUCUUAGAGACUUGUUUUUCGAAAAAUAAAGGGUCUUUUGUCUUUUAAGACUUUCUGUUUCAAAAAACGAAAGACUCAUUUGUCCUUAGAGACUGUCUUUGUCUUUUUAAUAAACACAGCCUUAUUUUUCUUCAAAAUUAAAGCCUCAUGUGUCGCUAGAGACUGUCUUGUUCAGGAAUACAGCCUCAUUUCUCCUUAGAGACUUUCUUCUUUAAAAAUAAAGCCUCAUUUGUCUUUUAGAGGCUUCAUUUAUCAUUAGAGAUUGUCUUUUCCAAUUGUCUUUGAGACCAUCUUUCAAACCACCCCAAACAUCCUACUUUUAAUGGAACUAUCAGAUUUCCAAAAAUCUCACCGCUGAUGAUUUUCCUUGUAAAAUCGACAGAGUCUAGUACGAAUGGGCGUGCAUGUCCAGGUUUUUUGACAUCUUCUGCAGAUCCAAUUUGCUGGACUUGAGUCAAUUAUGCCGACUAAAAAAUCUAAAAAGUGCACAAAUGCGUUUUAACUUGAAUAUCCAUCUGAAUAUCCAACUGAUUUAUCCUCUUCCAUUUUUCUUGUAGUUGCCAUUUUGGAACAGGGAGCAAGUACCACUCUCCUUCCAUUAAUACCGAUUAUAUCAAUUUAGGGUUAUCGCAAGUGCUACCAACAAAAAAAUCAGUCUCUGUACUUGUUAGCAAACACCCUUCUGACCAUUCUUUUCUUCGUAUACUACCAACAACUAUUACACGAAAAUUUUCUAGUUCUUUUAUACGACUAGUAAAUUGGAGCUCCGGGCUAGUAAGGUCCAAUGGUGUGACAUCUUUCUAUGACGAUUUGUUGUCCUUGAUGCCGAUUUAUCAUCUUGCUGCAGGACACAAUAUACGACGGGCUAAUAGGACCCGUUGGUGCGGCAUCUUUUGUAAACAAACCAGCGCCAUUUUUAACUUCCCAGUGCGUUUUAGUUGAUUGAAAUGGCCGCCAAGUGUAAAAUACGGUUUGUUAUUUUUGAUGCCGUUUGAUAUGGAACACCAAUCUAACUGCAAGACACAAUAUAAGAGGGGCUAGUAAGGUCCGUUGGUAUGGUAUCCAUUUUCUUAUUUUCUGUUCUGCAUAAGUUCGUCGUGAGCUGGAGCAAUGAUUAAUAAUCGGGACCGAAAAUGUUUUAGAGAGUUUAAAGAUGGAUGUAGAACUUUCACCCCUCUCCUUUGUAUUUAGUGGAAACAAAAAUGUGUAAGAGGAGGAGAUCCACAAUAAUAAAUCAUGGAUUUAAGCGGAAAGCGCUUCAAUGAUAACGUAGAGGUGAAAGCGAAAUGAAAUCGUGGUUGUUCGAAUAGACGGAGUACUUCUUUCACAAGGGUAUCUUAAUAAAAAACUAAGCAACUGUACAAUGAAAAUAAAUACAUUUUUUUUAAAGAUAAAA